UAGUGCGGCGGGCGCACAUGUCACGGUGCUCGGGGCUGGCAGGCUGGUGGUGAGUCACUAUUACGCAGCACUUUUCCUGUGGAGUCACCGUGCUCGGGCUAUAACAGCGGGAGGCGGAGAGUCGCUCAGCACACCGAGGAAGGCAGCGGAACGACAAGGAGCUCACCUUCCCCCACAUUCAUAGAGGAGACAUGGGUACCGACACCGCCCGGAGCCUGCUCGGCACAGCCCGCACCCUCAUACUACACACCGGGAACCUCAUGAACUGGGGCCGCCUGAAGAAGAAGUGUCCGGUCACCCCCGGCGAGGAGUUGGGAGAUUGCAUCAGGAUUACACUGAGUGAAUGGAGCUCGAAGGCCAGUCCAGAACAUAUACAGGAUUCAUCACAGACCCUGGAGUGUGCUGUUAAUCAGGCUUUGGAAACCAUAAACCCUGAAGAGAGAGAGGAAAUGAAAGUAUCUGCAAAAUUGUUUGUGUUGGAUUCUGGUCUCUCGUCAAUCAGGCAUGCUGUAGAUAUGGCAUGUUCCACCUUGGCUGUUAACCAGUUGGAUUCAGUAAUCAUUGCACCACCCCCUCUGGACGAUGGCGUCAUUCUUACCUUGGAGCAUUUACAGCCCUACUGGAGAGAGCUGGAAAGUCUUGUCCAAGACAAUAAAGUUGUUGCUAUAGGAACAUCGGAUCUGGAUAAACCACUCUUGGAACAGCUUUACCUCUGGGCACAGAUAAAGCCAAGCAGUAACCAAGUAAAUCUUGCAUCAUGCUGUAUAAUGCCUCCUGAUUUAACUGCUUUUGCAAAGGAAUUUGAUAUUCAGUUACUAACUCACAGUGAUUCUAAAGAAAUUUUGUCUGAAGAAAGUUUUCAAGAAGUUCUGAGGGACAGUGUUGAAGGGAGUAAUGCAGAUGCAUGGUCGCCUGUGUGGGUCCUCAGAUACUCGGUCAUUGUUAAAACCCGUGGGAUUAUCAAAUCAAAAGGCUACAUUGUGCAAGCAAAGAGGAAAGCUCCCCGUUAACAAUUUCAUCGGGACAAACCACUGAAAUGUUUUACCAGACGCACACAAACGUCUUUACACAUAUAGAUGUUCCUAAGACCAAAUGACUUUGACACCAGUAGCAAAGCAAUAUCUGCAGCCACAAUUUUUACAAGCUGCAAAUGAAAAUUUGAAAAUAUGUAAAAAGUAUUUAAUUUACCCUUGGGAAGCUGACAAUUGAAGGGUCCAUUGUGUUUUUUCACAUCACUAGGUGGCUCUGUUUUAAUGAUUGCUAAUGUUGGAGGGAACAGCCUUUUGUUCAGGGCAUUACUACUAACAAAAAAAAAUCUCCAGUACUUCGAGCUGCUAAAUUAUUUUUAUUUUUAUUUUGUAUAAUGACAUGCAAUGAGAAUCCCCUGUUCUCCCCAGAAGUGAUAAACUGAUACAACCACC